GUCCUCGCGGCACCUUUAAUAAAUCCUGCAAGUUUUCGAAUGUCUCGAAGUCAAAACUCAAAUGCCAACCAUGCCUAACGAGCCUCGUUUCUGUCACCGUUUGCUUCUUAUAUUUAACGCUGUGACGUUGUUCCAGUUGAAACUGCGUUGGGACCAUUUAAUGGCAGGCCAUGACAUGGCAUUUCUACCAGCUAGGACCGAGUAGGUACAACACACCUAGCCAGAGAUCUAGAGAGACCGCCAAGCCACUUCGUUCAAUCUCCGAUAGGGGGUCAUAAGCCACAACUGAACAAAGCCGGUACCUUGCGCACUUGCUUUGUGCAAUCACUGGAUUUUCUGCUCUCUAAGGCAUACUGGAUUUUCUUCAUAAAGUAGACUGCUAAACGCAGGAGAUUCCAUUCUGCAACGCCAUCAAACCAGUCUUACGAAAUCCAUACAUCCCUCUGUCUGGAUACUCGAGUAGUUUCUAGCACUCUAAUGCUUGUCAUGGUGGGAUGUAGUUUCUUCGUCAUCCAAAAACUACUUCACUGAGGGGCUCAAUUCGAAACUACUCUAUUUCUGGUACACUUCAAGUUUGAACCGAUCGAAUUCUAGCUGUUUGCCCGUGUUCAUGGUUUACGGAUGUCUUCGGCUGUUGGUUCUGAAAAUGACGUGCUCGACGCUCUAGAAAGGUCUCGAAUUCCUAGUUAUGCAGCAGUCUCUGCAGCUGCAGUUCUGUUGUAUGACAUAUGUCUGACAAUUUUCCAAGAGAUAUCUCGGUCUUUCCUUGGUACUAUUCUUCUGUAUCGUGUCGGCAAAGAUAAAUCCUGGACGCACACUGUGAGAUGCCGCUUGCUUAAACCUUUCUUGACGGUAAUAUUAUUACGUUCUUUCAGAUGUGAAGCGUUCCUGUGGAGCAGUGGCUUCGGACAGAUAAUCACUACGCAGACCGUGAACAUCAUCCUGGUUCUUAGAAUUCACGCAUUGUAUAAUCGGCGGCGAAGGAUACUGCUCCUAUUAAUGUGUCUCGUAAUCAUCGAACUCGCGAUCGAGCUUUAUAGUACAAUCGGGGAACUCUCUGGCGCGCAAGUUCUCGAUCCGCCACUAGGCCUUCCCUGGUCAGGUUGCAUAUUUCUACCACCGGACACUCGCCGAUAUACUCUGCCAGCAUGGGUAUUCUGUCUGUUCGUUGCCUUUGUGUUUUUCUUGAUGACAAUGUACAAGUUCAUUGCUUUGACCCGUGGAGGAUACUACUUAGGAGGCUCAACUGCCUGGGAACGCGCCCCACCUGUGUUGUUCACCUUUGUCCAAGAUGGAUCGAUUUACUUCCUAUUGACGUUUUGUGUGGUACUCGUUGCAACAUUAAUCAUGCACAUCAAUGUAUUGAUGCCGUAUACGGGCGUAAUAAUUCCUUCUUGGGUCAUGACAAUCUAUUCACUCGCAGGAUCUCGUCUGAUUCUCAACUUACGGGCAGUCACUCAUGGCGAUAUGCUUGACCGCUCCAUAGAAGGGUCAUUAGUGUCCAGUAUGAGAAUCCAGAGGCAUUCAGGCGAGAGUACUGAUGUAGGUGGCGGGGAGACACUGGCCUCAGAUGUAGAAAUGGACCACAUGUGACCAACUCUUAGGGUUCAAAAUAUUCGAGCAUGACUGAGCACGUUUCUUCAUACGUCGUGCAUGUCCUAUCGCGGAUGGAGCCCAAGACCAUCGUGAUACCACAAUAUCGACAGAUUAAUAUUAUAAAUUGUUUUUGUUAUG